AUGAAGAUGAAGCAACCAUUACUAAAUAAGGAGCCCAUAGAAUUUUGUCUUCCUGUUAAAAGAAUUUAUGAUUCUCAAGGUACUUCACUUUUCCAAUCAUCAGUGGCAAUAUUUAGAUUAAAAUAUUUCAUUUCAAAAUAUAUCAAACUAGUACCGAAUGUUGAUAUCCCUGAUGAGAGUUAUGUUUCAGAAAUCCCUACUGUUAAUAAAUUGGUAAAACUGAUUUCAGAGUUGUCUCUAUUGGUUGAUGAGACACCGCCAGCACCGGGUCCUAGAAGAUUUGGAAAUUUAUCAUGUAGAGAAUGGCAUAAGAAAGUUGAUCUAAAUUUAAAAUCAUUAUUAAUGAAGAUGUUAACUGAUGAUAAACAGAAUAUUAGUUCCAAAUGCAAAGAUUCGGUAGUUGAAUUGUCUUAUUAUUUGGGUAAUAGUUUUGGAUCCUCUACCAGAUUAGAUUAUGGUACUGGUCACGAGCUAUCAUUUAUUGCGGUGAUUGCUGGUAUUGAUAUGUUGGGAUUAUGGACAGAAAAUAUCAAAGGUGGAGAUUUAUUAAUUAUUUUUAAUGAAUAUUAUAAAUUAAUGAAGAAAUUGAUUCUUACUUACACCUUAGAACCAGCAGGUUCGCAUGGUGUUUGGGGUUUAGACGACCAUUUCCAUUUUGCAUAUAUUUUAGGAAGUGCUCAAUGGAGUGAAACGAAUAAUCCUCCAUUAAAACCAAUGGAUAUAGUUAAUAAAGAUUUGGUAUGUGAAUAUGCAAACACUAACAUGUAUUGUAGUGCAAUAAAAUUUAUAGACUGUGUUAAAUCUGGACCCUUCUCUGAACAUUCGCCGAUGUUAUAUGACAUAUCGCAAUCUGUUCAUAAUUGGUCGAAAGUAGAAUCAGGAUUGUUGAAGAUGUAUAUGGUAGAAGUCUUAAAUAAAUUCCCUGUUGUUCAACAUUUUUGGUUUGGUACAGGAUUAUUUCCAUGGAUAGAUAAUAACACAAAAAAAUCACUACCAUUAUAUGAAAACGAUGCUAAGAAAACUACAUCUAUUCAUACCAAAUCUCCAUCGCCUUCUCCCCUUGGAAUCUCAACACGUCGUGACUUUUCUAAAUUUACAAGUCCAGCAUUAAACAGAAACCCGAUAUGCAGAAAUCCUAAUCACCUAGGAAUAGGUGCAAAUCCAUUACGUAAGUCAAAUAUGGGACCACCAUCCACUAAUUCUGUGAACAGUAUUUUUACACGUAAUAGUCCAUCUAUAUAA